AUGAGAAAAAACUACCCAAAGGAUGUUUGGAAAGACGAUGUAGCUUUUUAUUUAGAUUGUGUUAAUUUUUGGUAUAAAAGGAACCCAGCAGAUCAAGCCAGUGCGCCUCACGGCCGUAUUUGGCGCAAGAAGUGCAAGGGACUUAUGCAGGGCUGCACUGCAAAGGGAGGCAAAGUGGGAAGCGGUGGAAAAGUUGUGAAAGUAGUUGUGGCUAUUAGUUACGACAAAGGAGCUAUUGUGUGUCAUCAGUAUGAUAAACUAGAGGGCGCGUACUUUGCCGAAUUUGUACAGGAUAAUUUUGAGAACAUGUUUAGAAAAGCGAACAAAAAUGGGUCACGAUUGUUUGUACAGGACAACUGUCCUGUUCAAAAUAUCGCGUCAGCACGCCCCGCGCUACGUGUUAAAAAAGCAAAGCAGUUGAAACUUUCCCCAAGGAGUGGUGAUAUUCAUUGUAUCGAAAAUUUUUUUCAUACAGUUAAAGUAGAGCUGGAUAAGCAAGCUCUUGAGUUAAAUAUUACACGCGAAACUUAC